UAGGAACUUCACAGCGUACUCCAUAAUUUACAAGUAAAGCUGCUUUGCGUCUGUUAUACGUUGUCCCCAAAGGAGGUUAGAUCUACGCCUUCACUGCCAGUGGCUUUCCAACACAGCAAUGGCAUCACGAAUUUACGUUGGAAACCUGCCCGCUGAUAUUGCAGAGCGGGACGUUCGUGAUGAAUUUGAACGGUUUGGCCGCGUCAGGACUAUCUGGGUAGCCCGGAAACCGCCAGGUUUUGCGUUCCUCGAAAUGGAAGAUGACCGGGAUGCCGCUGACGCCGUUCGCAAACUGGACGGUUUCCAAGGAUGGCGUGUUGAGUUUAGCCGUCGGGCUGACCGCGGUCCGCCCCCUCGCGGUGGCAUGGGCGGCCCCAUGGGACGUGAGCUUCGCUGCUACGAGUGCGGCGAGGUCGGCCACAUUGCACGUGAUUGCCGGAGCAUGCGUGGUGGCGGUGGCGGCAUGGGCCCCCGUGGCGGCAUGCCGCCGCCCCGCGGCAGGAGCCGCAGCCGCAGCCCUGUGCGGCGCAGCCGGAGCCCUUCUUACGAUCGACGGCGGUCGCCCAGCCCGCCGAGGCGCCGGGACGAGGGCGGCCGUGAGCGGGACCGCAGCCGGAGCCGCAGCCGGGACCGCGUUUAACACCUCGGGCUUUAGCAGGACGCCACAUGCAUCUAAGGGUUGUCGCUGUUAUGAUGUUUUGCGUGGGGUAGCCGUCUGCGCACUAUCUGCCUGUCGAUGUAGUACCCUAUCUUGAUGUGUGUAGUAGUGACUUGUUGGUACGGUGGGAGGGAGUGUCCUUAACAAAAAAUAAUGGAUGUAUCGACCAUGGGGUCUUCUCUAAACUCUCGGGUUGGCUUUGACUUGGUGAGUUAGUGUUUGCCGUUGGUUUGGCUCAACAUGCUUGGACUGCAGUUACCCGGUUGGGUCUAGGGUAGAGGUCUUGUCAUGGAGGAGCUUUUCAUGUCCCUGCUUCUACUGAGCAGUGCAUGCGCCUGCGGCCCUUUCUGUCCACAGGAUUUGCUGCAUGUCUGCUUCAAAAGGGGUCCACUCCUGCCCUCCUCGUCUCGUUACCGUCCUCACGCCACUGCUGCGCCUGCUUCGUUCGCUUCUGUGGAUUGCCUUGGGGUCGUCUGUGGGAUCAACUACCGCAACUGCUGCAUCUGCCCUUCACUGCGCCUUGUGGGCUUCCGACAUGCGCACAACUCACCAACCUAUCGUCGCCUUUAAGUGUUCCUGCACUGGACUUCGCUUCCUGUGGUGGCUAGGGGGCUGUUGUAGUCCAUGAGCAGCUAUGUUCCUGCGCCUCGUAAACCGUCCCUGAUUGCGGUGGUCACUUUCAGGUAAGGAAGCUAUUGGCGUGCAUGCUGCAGGGUUCGAUACAUAGCUCCGGUUGGUGGGUGUGAGGCUUGUGAGGCACAUGUUCCCCUCGUUGGCGUAUCUCUGCACCGCGACACAUCGGUCGCGUUCAGCUGUAAUGCUUGGAAGGACUACUUUGGGCCCC